UCAGAGGAUUCUACAAAACUUUACUCUGGCCUCGAAUAUUAGCUGCUGGACAGUAUGGAUAGAACCAAAUGGAAUAUUACCUAUUCAGUACUCAUCCCCCAGUCAUGGCAAAGAAGAUAUUUCCGUUUUUCCUUAUAUGAUAAUUAAGUACUAUACAAGUCCAAAGACGGGGCAACAUGGGAAAAUUACAAUCUAAACAUGCAUGUAAACAAAGGGAGAAUCCAGAGGGUGGCACAUUCGCAACGAGCGCUCUUAUAUUUCAGAAGGAAUCGGCUGACUAUAGCGAGUCUCAGCGAAUCAGACACAAGCAGGAUGUGUAUGGUGCAGAGCUAAGGGAUGACCAGUUCUUGGAUGAUGACUGCCCUCUGGAGGUAAUACUACCACCAGAGAUAGCAGCUGAAUACCAAAGUGACAAGCUCUUUCUUUUAUCAGAAAAUGGAGAUGCCCUGAGGAAAACUGCAAAGACUGAUAGCACGGAGUGUAGUGUGCCUAGUAUUGAUGAAAAUCGGCAAGAAUGGGUCUUUGCACUGUAUAACUUUGACCACAGUGGCAAAGUGACCAAGGAGGACAUGUCUAGCCUCAUGCACACAAUCUGUGAGGUGGUGGAUGCAUCAGUCAAGCAGUCUGCGCUUAGCAACAGCAAAACACUGCGUAUCAAACUGACUGUCACACCUUCAGUCAGCAGCAACAAAAGAAAUCGAGAUACUGGGCCUUCUCUGAACAGGCGAGACCAUCUGGAGGAGAGUCGACCCUCAUACACCAGAGGACAAAGUACAGAUCUACUUGGUAGUUCUGAAAGAGCGCUUUAUCGUGUGGAUGAGAACUCAGAGCGUAGAAACCACUAUUUAGACCUGGCUGGGAUCGAAAACUACAUGUCCAGGUUUGAAACAGGAGCCUUUCUGGAUGAGCCCCUAAAGCCUGCCACCGCUCUCACUUCACACAACACUCUUCAUUCACCUGUGGAGGAGCAGGGUCAGGACAGCAUGGCUCAUGGGGCCCGCUCCACCCAGCAGCGCCGGUCCCAGCUGGAUUGUUCCAACCCGGGGACAAGCAGCGGCCAUGGCAUUUCCUUCUUCAGGUCCCUUCGGGGCCGCAGCAAGUUCACAGGAGCCAGUGGGGUCAUGGGCAAACCCAGCAGGCUACAUGGCCAUCACCCUGUCAGCUGGUGCAACCCUACUCAGCAGCAGUCCCUGCAGCACAGCCACAUUAAGCAGGUCCGUGCCAGGCUCCAUGAUGCUCCUACGCUCCUAUCGCCCCACCUGGGCCUGGACUGGGAGCUGCCGCGUGGAGCAAGAGCGACCCCUGCAGGGUUUGUGCCCAUGGCUCAGAAGCAUGAGCACCAUCACCUCCACGAGCAUCAUCACCACCACCACCACCACCACCACUACUACUCAUCCUGACUGCAGCCUCUCCUAGGGGGUUGGGGGGAAGGCCUUUGAAAUGUAGACAAUUUGAGGCACAGUAGCUGGACCAUGUGACUGCCACUUGAUGAGCUGCAUGAGUGAGACAUUUUAUCCAAUCUAGCUGGAAUCAUCAUCACCUCCACAUGAAAAAGGACAAAAAUUCUUUGACUUUCAAUCUCAACAGUCUUUAAAAGAAAACUACACAACUGUUGGUGCUAUAUUAUAGCAAUUAUGUGUCAUUUCCCCCAUAUAACCUACUAAUACUAAACAAUUAUUUUAUAUUGUUUUCCUGGUGAUCUUCAGAAACCAUAAGAUUGUCAUGCAAGAAACACAUGGAUGUUUAGAGAACAUAUGUGUUGUUAAUGUGGUGAAACAAAUGUAUAGUCAUUCUGCUAUUGCUGACAAUUCAGAAGUCAGAUAUUGACUUUUCUUCAAAGCCCAUAAGACUGAUAUUUUCCUCAGGAUUUUCUAUAGAAAUACCCACUCAUUUUAUGAAGUAUAUAUUCUCAUGUAUAUUGAAGAAUUUGCAUAUUUGUACAUUAUAACACAAUAUAACAAUAUUUAUAACCUUGAUUGAUUUGUGUAAUGUAUUAUUUACUGACAAUUGUUUACAUAAACAUUUGUGCACAUGUAAAGAUUAUGGUCCUUUUGGUCUUAUGGUUAGUGUAAAUGCUGUUGUACAUAGUAUUAUAAGUGUUCUAAUGGUGUAAUGAUCUAAUGAUGUAGAUUAUGUCUGAAAAACAGUUUUUUAUUGAAUGCAUUAAUUGUCUUUCCCAGGUUCUGAGACUCGGUUGACUCUUGUUAAUGAGUAGGAUCGAUCCUUUUUUUGCUUUUAACAACCCAGGGACCAGAGGGACAAUAAUCCACUAUAAUCAAAAAGAGUUGUUGUUGUAGUUACUGCUUGACAUAAUAAUAACAGUAAUAUAAUAAUAGCUUACUGAAAUAUAAUCAUGAUGAUGAAUAUAGGGGACUUAAAUUGUCAAGUUGUUGAAAAUGUUUAGAGCCUUUAUACAUGAAGGUGCUAAUUUGUUUUCAGGAUUAAAUAGUUACAUCAACAAAUCACAAAACACCCAUCCAAAACAAAAACAAGUAUGUUUUUUAAAAAAAGUCACCAGUUCACAAAACAUUGCUUGUUUUUCUAUUAUAAUAAUACAUUUCCAUAAUGCAGUGCUAAUUAUAGACAAGAAAUUACAAUGUCAUGCUGAUUAGCAGAAAAAAAUGAGCCCCCAUUUUUUAAAUAAUUAAAGUGUACUUAAAUGGUAAUUACCUGGGAAGACAUUUUUGCAGUAAAAAAGGAGGACAACAGAACACAGCUUGCUGAAUGCUCAAGUGAAAUCAAAUGAUAUUGUGAUAUUUUCUGUUUGCUAUGUAUUCAAAAGAACAUUAACAUUUGCAUUACCAAUUUUGCUGUCCUUUCAUUGUAUUCCCUUUUCUUUCUUUUUGUCAAAGAAACACACUUGAUCUUAUCUAUCCCUCUUACAGUCAUGAAUUUAAUGACCCCCUGUUGGCAUUAACAGACACUUCUCUCCGUGGUGCCUGAAACAACCUGUCAGAUUCAGGGUC